AGGGGCGGUUGGGGAAGAAAAUUUCAACUUUCUUGACUCAGCAUCGGCUCUCAUUUCCUGGCACCGCCCGUUGCCUUCAUCUGCGUUUCCUCUCCUCCCCGAGACAGCGACGGCUCCGCCGUGAAAUACCGGAAUCUGCGGCGUCUCCGGCCUUCGCAUUCCGCUUCUGCUUGUCUACCUCGGCCGCUGGACGUUGCAGACUCGCCAUUGUUACCGUUUCAUGUAGCUCCGUCCGGGGAUUCAUCUCCACCUUUCAAUCUUCCUCGUCUUCUCCAAUAUACUCAUCCAACUUGCUCUGAAGCUACGCCUUGAAUCCUUUUCUGCGAUUGCGGUUCGAGUUUGCGUAGCUGAUUUUCCAUAUCGGAGGAAUCCGCGGAAUCUCGUUUCAUUUUCGAUGGUUUAAUUGUCCACUGGCUGCUCGUAAUUUGUUACUUGUCAGCCAUUUUCGUUGGAAACCGCUACUGCAUUCGAAUUUUGCUUUGAGUCGAAGUAAAACAAAGAGUUCUAGAGUGCAAUUAUUUUCGAGAUCGGAAUUUUAAUAUUCUUGCUUAUUUGGGGAUUUGAUGAGGAUGAGCUAACCGUUAGAAUUGUAUAUUAACGCUGUUGCGUAAACCAUCUAACCGUGCAACAUUCCUCGUGCAUUUUGAUACGCACAUUGUGAAUAGUAUCUAAUUGGGAGUUUUUUCAGUUUUUUAACGUUAUUUAAUAUUGAGAUUGUUUUCUUAAAGUGCACGAGGCUUGAAGACGACGAAAAGCGUAGCAGAGGCUUCGGAUCAGACCGAGACGGCAGAAAAGAAGAAAGGAAAAAGGGGAAAUUUUAGAAACGACGGCGUUAGGAGGAUCGCAUUCACUUCUCGAGCAAGCAGGCAAUUGCAUUGGAUAUCUGAACCGCAUCGCUGUACCGAAUGGAUACAUCGUUUUCGGCGACGGUUUUCUGAAAAGACAGACGAUUCGACAUCCUGAAAAUGUGCGAAGCAGGGACACAAUUAUUUGGGCUUCUACGCUUGUUUUGAUCUUCGAGAGUACUACAAUUAUGGAUUGGUAUUGACUGAAUCGUGGUGGCAGCCUGGUGGGCUGGGAGAAGGUUUGGUGAAAGUUGAGAAAUGGGGGCAGUUGCUGGAGAGGAGCUGACGAAGUUGGAGAAAAUGCAGGGGAUAGCUGCCCGUGAGGAGAAAAUUCUUGUUUUAGUAAGGUUGAGACCUCUGAAUGAGAAGGAGAUUAUGAUGAAUGAAGCAGCAGAUUGGGAGUGCAUCAAUGAUACUACUAUCUUGUAUCGGAAUACCUUACGUGAGGGGUCUACAUUUCCAAGUGCCUAUACUUUUGAUAGAGUCUUUCGAGGUGAUUGCUCUACAAAGCAGGUGUACGAGGAUGGAGCUAGAGAAAUUGCAUUUUCUGUAGUCAGUGGUAUCAACUCGAGUAUUUUUGCAUAUGGUCAAACAAGCAGUGGAAAGACAUACACCAUGAAUGGAAUUCUUGAACAUUCAGUGGCAGAUAUAUUUGACUACAUCAGAAGGCAUGAAGAAAGAGCAUUCGUUGUAAAGUUUUCAGCCAUUGAGAUAUACAAUGAAGCUAUUAGAGAUCUCCUUAGCACAGAUAAUAAUCCGCUCAGGCUGCUAGACGAUCAUGAGAGGGGGACUAUUGUGGAGAAAGUUACCGAGGAAACUCUGAGGGACUGGAAUCAUUUAAGGGAGCUCAUUUCAGUGUGUGAAGCUCAACGACGGAUUGGAGAGACCUCACUGAAUGAGAAAAGCUCCAGAUCUCAUCAAAUUAUCAAGCUGACAAUUGAAAGUUCUGCUCGAGAGUUUUUAGGAAAAGACAAUUCAACCACCCUUGCUGCUAGUGUGAAUUUUAUUGAUUUAGCUGGGAGUGAACGUGCAGCUCAAGCUUUAUCAGCAGGAGCAAGAUUGAAAGAAGGUUGCCAUAUAAAUCGCAGUUUACUGACUCUGGGUACUGUCAUUCGCAAACUAAGCAAAGGAAGACAUGGUCAUAUCAAUUACAGAGAUUCUAAGCUGACACGAAUAUUGCAGCCGUGUUUAGGUGGCAAUGCUAGAACAGCCAUUAUCUGUACAUUGAGCCCUGCAAGAAGUCAUGUUGAACAAACUAGAAACACUCUCUUGUUUGCUUGUUGUGCAAAAGAGGUGACAACAAAAGCACAAGUCAAUGUGGUCAUGUCUGAUAAGGCUUUGGUUAAGCAUUUGCAGAAAGAACUAGCUAGGUUGGAGAGUGAGCUGAGAACCCCCGCCCCUGUUUCGUCAAGCUCAGAAUAUGCAGCCAUAAUUAAAAAGAAGGAUCUUCAAAUUGAGAAGUUGGUGAAGGAGAAUAGAGAGCUCACUAAGCAAAGGGAUCUCGCUCAAUCCCGGGUUGAAGAUUUACUUCGUAUGGUUGGACAUGAUGAUGUCUCGAGAAAGGAUAUCAAAAGUAGUCAUUAUAAAUGGCAAGCAAGGGAUAACUUGGAGGAUGAAUGUUCAGCAUCAGAAGCUUCAAGUUUUGCUGAUUCUCGAGGUGCAGAUAUAAGAGGAAAAACUUUUAACAAUCCUCAUUAUUAUGAUGGAGACAGUGAUGAUGGAAAGAGGUUCCUUGACUCUCACUCAGGUCAGAGUGGAAUGACAACCGCUGUUGCAAUAGCACAGGAUUCCGAUGACUGUAGGGAAGUUCAAUGUAUUGAAAUGGAGGAGUCAGUCGGGGACGGUGGCUUAUCACCCUUUGCUUCUGGUGAGUUCGGAGGAAGACCCUUCACUGGGCCAAACGAUGGAAAUAUUGGUCAUGAGGUAAUAUCAACUCCAGUGAAUGGGAGCAGAGAAGUGCGUCAGAUUCGAAAUGAUUCAACAAAUGGUCAGCCAGAGCAAAGACUCCAUGAUACAAGAAUGGCCAUUAAUUCUAUUAACAGUCCUUACCGUGACGAUGCAUAUUCUGAGGCAGCAGCCGAGAUGUCGAGCUCCAGAAGCUUGAAGCUAGCCAGAAGCUGGAGUUAUAGAGACAAUCUCAUGAUUGAGUCUCCUGAUAAAGCAGAGACCACCCCUUCCCAUGGAUUUGACAAAAGCUUUCCUGGAAGACCUGAAGGUUUUCAACGGAAACUUCUGCCAUUAGACUAUGAUGGCACCCUAUUGAGAGUUGAUUCUCAGUCUUCUAUCGGAAGUGCUCGGAGCAUCAGAACUUCUGCAGAUGAAGAUAUUACUCGCUUAGAUACUUUUGUUGCCGGACUGAACAAAAUGACCAACGCAGAGUAUGGGAAAGAACUUGCUGAUGGUCAGGUUCUGGAGGAUGGGCAAGAAACAGGUUUCUUAAACAACUCAAGGGGUGCUGGAGUGGAGACAAUGCAAGAUGCGCUACCCGCACUGGAUUGGAAUGAGGAGUUUCAGAGACAGCAGAGGAUGAUAGUUGAACUUUGGCAAACUUGCAAUGUCUCGAUAGUCCACAGAACUUACUUCUUCUUGCUAUUCAAAGGUGAUCCUACCGAUUCCAUUUACAUGGAAGUAGAGGUUAGGAGGCUGACUUUUCUCAAGCAAACAUUUUCUUAUGGUAAUGAAGCUGUGGAAAAUGGCCGGAAGCUCACUCUUGCUUCGAGUGCAAGGGAUCUCCGUCGCGAGAGACAAACAUUGAGUAAGCUAAUGAAGAAACGAUUCUCAGAAGAAGAGAGAAAGAGACUAUUCCAGAAAUGGGGAAUCGGAUUGAACUCAAAACGCCGAAGACUGCAGCUGACCAACCGCUUGUGGAACGACCCGAACAACAUGAACCACGUAACCGAGAGUGCAGCCAUUGUUGCGAAGCUUGUGAAGUUUGCUGAGCAAGGACAGACCAUCAAGGGGAACUUUGGUCUCAGUUUUAUCUCCCCUCAGAAAACUAGAAGUUCAUAUAGCUGGAAAAACAGUAGGAAUUCUCUUCUGUGAACUGAGCUGCACAUAUAACCACACUUACAGGUAACAUUUUCAGUACUGAAAUUACCAUACAGCAAUUUUUUUUUGUUACCAGUAAUUAAUAUUGAUAAUGAACUGCAGCAUCAUUAAUUGAAAUAGGGCUGUAUAAAUCUCCUGUAAACUUGCUUGAGCUAGGAAGUUAGAUUAGGCUUUUUGUGUGUAUUUUGUGGAACUUAUUAGUCCCUGCUCCCCACGUACUUUAUCUCAAACAUGAGAUGACAUGUUGAGAUGACAAAUGUUGUCGAGUUAUUAUCUGUCCUUCCAUUUCUUCUGCCUUUCAAAUUGGAUUAUUCUUGGCAUCUAAUUACUUAAUGGCGAUUAUUUUAAUAUUUACUAUUGAUAAAAA